AUGGGUUGUCAGGUCGCUGUCCAACAUGUUGGCCAUCCACACAUCAGGACGUCCAAAUUCACCAGCGUGCGAACAUCCAGGUUCUACGAGAGGGGCUGGCAGCCUACAGCAGUUCAUUGUGAAGCUGUGCAGGAUGGGACUGAGACCGUAGUUGGCAUCGUGCUUGUAUGGCAUGUACUUGUGUGGACGCGUUAUGUUUGGCUGGACAGCACGUUGGACAGUGACAUGCUAUGUUUCGUGUGGUUUUCCAACUGUACAGGAGACGAAGGUGGCCCGGUGUUGAGGCUUGGUGAGGAUGCAUCAGGCGACGUGCAAGUUGGUGUUGCAACCAGCCAAAUUGUGGAUCAAGGUGUUGAGUGUGGCCUCUUUGGGAAGCCAUCAAAGUUCACAGGCCUGGAGCACCUUCUUGAUUGGAUCAAUGACGUAGUGAAUGGCACUCGAUGA